AUGGUUGAACUCAUCCCUCCUCCUGAUCCGCGCACAUUGCUCCCGCCUCUUCUUGCUUGCCUACCGACGGCCUUUGUGUCGCCACGUCCUCCUCCGGCGCUCCUCCCAAUCCUCUCUCCUAUUCUGCGCCAACGUGUUCAGAUUCUCACCGAUGUGGCCAAUUCUUCUUCUGACUCAUGGCUGCAACUAUUGUGCUGGGAUACCGCUAAAGCACAGCGCCUCCAGAGCAUCGUCGACGGCGCCACUUUCGAACCGCACCCGGUGUCUGGUGAAAUCGAGCUCAACGAAGAUCUCCCGGUGACAUACAAGCGUACCGACGAAGAGACACUUCGGGCCAUGGUCUUGUUGUCUGAGUACAACCUGGCGGUGACCUACCUGUGGUGUCCGACCGACGACCAGGGCCGUGGCUGGAAAGUGGGAGAACUACUUCCGCGCGAAGCUCCCGCGGAUGAUGAACACACCUGGGCCUCUUCUAUCGCGGAGGCGAACGAACAGGCAAAGGAAAGACUAUUUUCAGAGGCCAUAGGCACUGGCCGUGCAGAGCAGUCGACCAACAUUGAACAAGCCCAAGAGGAAGAUGACGACGAUGACUAUUGGGCGCAGUACGAUGCCACUCCUGGCCGGACACCAGGUGUCAAGACCCCGGCACCGCCUGGUCCUUCGAACCUCGGCCCUGGCCAGUCCGAGGCAUCGUAUUACUCCCAAUACAGCGACGUCCAGCCUGCCUUGGAUAAUCACGACCCCUCGGAAGAGCAACCCGAAGUUGGACCCUCAUCUCUGAACGGCGACAUGCUCGCAAGUCUUUUACGCCGUCAGGUUGACGGCAUGGACACAGAAACUGCCCGCACAAACGGCUAUGCCACAGCAGACGUCCCCCACCACGAAGCAGGCCGCCGCCUGAGCCACCCACGACCCGAAUCUGCAUCCUCCAAUAGCUCCGAGCACGUCGCCAAGCUGGAGCAGGAAGCGGAGAGUCAGUCUUCGUACGAGGUGGGCGUGAAACAGCACAUUGGCACAAGCAUCAAGAGUUUGUUCCGGUUGGCCAAGGCGACGGGAAUAUCGAGGACAGAGUUCCAGUCGAUGGUGCAGACCGAGUUGGAGUUAUUGAAUUUGUCGGACGACGAUUGA